UUAUCAGUCAAGUGCGGUCGCGUGCGGCAAACGGUCCAUUCUGUUUGCUGGUGGUCUUUUAACUUCUAGUCAAGCUUACAAGCAUUUACAUCUUAUUUCUAUUAUAGAUUUACGAGUGACCUCUUGAUUUAUUUAUUUUUUUUGUUUGAGGUCAAUUCGAAUUCAAUUAUCAUUAUCAUUUAUAAAAUAAAUAAUUCACUUGCGCUGUUAAUAUAAAUGUUAAUUAAUAUUUUAACAAUAAAUUAGUUAACUUGGGGUGAAAUUAUUGACAACCUGGCGCUCUCUUGGUCAACGAUCAAAACAGAAUUCAGCGGAUCAAGGCUGGCAGGAAUCGGACGAACGGAACUGAGGCUGCCGCAGGUUAAUCCUGUAGGAAGGACAUCCUCAUUUGAACCUCGUUUCUGGAACAAUUGUCAACGUCAUCUCCGCUUCCGCAGACUGUCGGCGAUUGGAAGAUCAGACACUAGAUUCCCUCAAGUAGAUCCUGGUAUAAUUAAUUUCCGUACAUACCGGCUAAGACAUGGUCGGGGUUCCGAACUCGACUACCGACCCUAAAUUGGUCGAAAUCACGAAACCGGAAGACGAUGGACAAAUGAAAAAAAUUGAACACGUUGUCAACGAAAUCGACAGCGUGUCUCCAUUGAAAAAUACAAUAAUAAUACCACGAAUAAUAAUGUCGUCUGAGAAAGAUGGUGGCGAUGGUUUUGUACUAGCUUUCAGCGAUAACGAUAACGAUGGACAGAAGAAAUUAGAACGCCCGGUGGAUCGAAUCAAGCCGGUACACGAUUUGACCGAGAAGUCACCAGGCGACGAAUCUCUAUCCAGCGGUGGUUCAAUAGUAACUAUCUCAUCAGUAGCUAAUUCAGAUCCUGAUCCUGAGGCCCCCAAUGACGGCGACCCAAAGAGAAAACCACGUGAUAUUUUAAAUGAAAGGUGGCAGCAUACGGCAUUGCAAGUGUCAGUGCCAUUCUUCAUCGCUGGAAUCGGAACUAUCGGGGCGGGUUUAGUUCUUGAUAAAGUUCAAACAUGGGACGUAUUCAAACAAAUAACCCAAUUGCUUAUCUUAGUGCCUUCAUUAUUGGGAUUAAAAGGCAACUUAGAUAUGUGCUUGGCUUCGCGAUUGUGUACACAAGCGAAUCUAGGUAAUAUGCACGAUUGCCGUGAGAUCGCUAAAAUGAUAAUAGGUAAUCUGGCGUUGGUGCAAAUUCAAUCUAUCGUCGCUUCAAUAAUAGUUGCGAUAUUCGCAACUUCGGCCCACGCUGCUAUGACCGGCGGUGAAUUUUCAUGGGACCAUGCGUUACUGGUAACAGCAUCGAGUGUCUGCACAGCAACCAGCUCAUGUUUCCUUCUCGAUCUUGUGAUGAUAAUCGUCAUCAUGACAACUCAUCGAUGGAGAAUGAAUCCCGACAACCUGGCAACACCCCUGGCAGCUUCAUUCGGAGAUGUUGUGUCAAUUACAGUUUUAUCACACAUUUCAUCCAGUUUGUUCGAACGACUGGAAACUCAAAUUUGGGUAUUAUAUCUCAUAAUUGUUGGGUAUUUGCUUAUACUUCCUGUUUGGAUUUGGAUAGUGUUAAAAAAUAAAUACACUAAAAAAGUUUUGACAUCUGGAUGGACACCUGUUUUGUCUGCUCUUUUCAUCAGUGGAUUGGGUGGAUUAGUUCUUAGCAAAGCUGCCGACAUACCAGGAUUUUCAGUAUUUCAACCAAUUAUUAAUGGCAUCGGUGGUAACUUGGUAUCAGUACAAGCUUCAAGAAUAUCUUCAACGCUUCAUCAAACAUCACUUAUGGGGAUUAUUCCUUCAUUUACUAAAAUUUGCGUUUCACCAUGGAAAGCUCUUAUAAAAGGAGUUCCAUUUGCAAAAACCGCAAGACUUUUAAUAACAAUGGGCAUUGUCGGUGAAUUGAUAUUUAUAUAUGCGGCUGAUUAUAUAAAACAGGGUGAAUCUACUCUACAUUUCUACUUUGUAUUUUCAUACAUUGUAGUAGCAUUAGUUCAAAUCAUGUUACUGCUUUAUGUUGCGCAUAUCAUAAUUCACGCUAUGUGGAGGUUCAAAAUAGACCCGGAUAAUUCGGCAAUUCCGUAUCUAACAGCUUUAGGUGACUUAAGUGGGACGAUAUUCUUAGGGGGAGCAUUCUGGCUUCUCCAAGAAAUUGGACAUCCUUACAAUGACAGUGAAAUGAGUCCUUGAGCAGAUUUAUUAUUUUCAUUGUAAUUAUAUUACCAAUCAAUCAAAUUUUAAAGGUUGAAUUAAAUAUUCAGCUAAGUGAUGAGACUAAUGAAUUUUUUAACAAGUUAUUUUAUUUUUCUAAUCGAAAUUUUAGAGAUAAACUAUUACUAUUUAUAGUAAUCUGUAAAAUGACUCGGUAAUUAGAUUAUUUAGUUAUCGGGUUGUAGUGCCUUAAGGUGAAGAAAGUAUUAACGUUGUAAAAAAAAAACAAUCGAUAUAUAUUAUUUAUAACUUGCGUUAUUGGGAAUAAUAGUGUGAGUCAAUAAUAUUAGAUGACAAAGUAAAAUUCACAUUUAUAAAAAGACAUAAUACUCAUAAUAUUGUAACAUUUUUAGAGUUAUAUUAAAUCUGAUAUAUGAUUCAAUACGUAAUAAUCAAAUAUCUUGUUAUAUAAAUAAUUACUUUUUUUCUUAUUCAAAUAAGUAAUUGCACGUUGUAUCUAAACUUAAAAUCAAAUAUUUUUAUUGUAAUUAAUUGUCCAAUUGUUAUGUAAUUAUUGUGUAUACUUAUUAUGAAUAUUCAAUGUGUAUAUAAAUAAACUAUUAUUUUACGUGUAAUUUAUAAUUAAAUUAAAUAAAAUUGUAUGUGUAAAA